ACAAAUCUUUUUCUUUCAUUCCGCAGAUUGGUUUUUCUGAAAUACAUUUUCAGAUCUGCUCGUCUGAUGGCUCUUUCUGCUUUGUCUCGCCAUUGUAAACACCAUGUCUUUCCUAGCUUCCACGGGCCAGAUGUCCGUAGAGGCUUUCUCAGCAACUUACUGAAGGAGUUCAAAGAGAAAGGAAUCGAUGUCUUCAUAGACAAUGGCAUAGAGAGGAGCAAGUUGAUUGGUCCCGAGCUCACAGAAGCUAUAAGAGGAUCGUUAAUCGCAGUUGUCUUGAUCUCGAGGAACUACGUUUCAUCAACAUGGUGUCUGAACGAGUUGGUGGAGAUCAUGAAGUGUUGGGAAGAAGAUAAGCAGACCGUGGAGGUGGUUUUCUAUGAAGUGGAUCCAUCUGACGUGAAAAAGCAGAAGGGAGACUUCGGAGCUGUCUUUGAUAAAACUUGUGCAGAGAAAUCACUGGAUGAAGUUAAGAGUUGGAGAAAAGCUUUGAAGAUUGUGGCUCAGAUCGCUGGUUACCAUAGAAGCAACUAUGAUGAUGAUGCAGUCAUGAUUGAAACAAUUGUUACCGAUAUUUCGAACAAGUUCAAUGAUUCUACAACAUCAAAUGAUUCCAACAGCUUGGUUGGGAUUGGAACUCAUAUCAGGGAGAUAGAGUCAUUGUUGUCCCUAGAAUCCGAUGAAGUCCGGAUGGUUGGUAUCUGGGGUCCUGCUGGAAUUGGUAAGACGACCAUUGCAAGAGCUUUAUAUAGAGAGCUCUCUAGUAAGUUUACACAUGCUGCUUUUAUUGAAAGUAUCAAAGGAAAGUUUGAGCAGAACUAUCGAGACGAGCACGCGUUCAUGUUGCAUUUACAAGAACAACUGUUGUCUAAGACCUUUAAUCAGAAAGAUCUAAAAGUAGAUCAUCUGGGAGUGGCAAAAGCAAGGUUGAAGGACAAGAAAGUGCUUGUCGUUCUUGAUGAUGUGGAUGACUUAAAGCAGCUAGAAGCCAUGACUGACCAAACUUGCUGGUUUGGGCCUCAAAGUAGGAUUAUCAUCACGACAGAGGAUAAAAAGCUUUUGGUAGCACAUGAGAUCAACCGUAUUUACCAAGUGAAAUUUCCAUCUACAUCUGCAGCUCUUGAAAUUCUCUGUCUGUCUGCUUUUCGUCAAAAUUCACCGUCAUUUGGGUUUGAGGACAUGGCCAUAGAAGUUGCACGGCUCGCCGGUCGUCUUCCUUUGGGUCUACGUGUUUUUGGCGCAUAUCUGCGAGGAAUGUCUAGAGAUCAAUGGAUACAUGCAUUGCCUAGACUUAGGACGAGUCUUGAUGGGGAGAUUGGGAAAGUAUUAAGGUUCAGCUAUGAUGCUUUAUGCGAGGAAGAUCAAGAACUGUUUCUUCAUAUAGCAUGUUUUUUCAAAGAUGGGUGCAUUAAUGACGUGGUGGAGUGUCUUGCAGAGAGUCGUUUGAACGUCAACCACGGGCUCCAAGUGUUGUUCGAUAAAUGUUUCAUAUCUAAAGACGAAUGGGGACGGUUGGUGGUGCAUAAUUUGCUGGAGAAUUUGGCAAAAGAAAUUGUUCGUAAACAGUCGGUUUCUGAUCCUGGGAAACGUCAGUUCUUGGUGGAUGCUCAGGACAUUUGUGAUGUACUCGAGGAAAAUGCGGGCACUGAAACUAUUAGAGGAAUAGAUUUUGACUUAUCGGAGGUGGGGGGAGAAAUAAUUAUUGACGAGCGAGCCUUUGAAGGGAUGUCUAGGCUCCAGUUCUUAAGAUUCCGUAAAAGGGGUUUGUAUAACCACACCAAACUUCUCUUACCCCAGGAUCUGAAGUUUAGAGCUAGUAAGCUUAAGUUUCUUGAAUGGGACCAAUUUCCGUUGACAUGUUUUCCUCGUGAGUUUCAACCGCGGCGCCUUGUCAAACUUUUGAUGGAGGGAAGCAGGCUUGUGAAACUGUGGGAAGGACCUGUUCCGCUCCCGUGUCUGAAUUUGAUGGAGCUGUCUGGUUCCAACUACCUCAAAGAACUUCCGGAUCUGUCUAAUGUCACUAAUCUAAAGGUACUGAAUGCUUGUUAUUGCUCAAGUCUGUCGGAGAUCUCCUCUAUUGGGAAGUCCACUAGUCUCCAGGAGUUGCAUCUCGUAGAUUGCCCAAAGUUGACCAAGAUCCCCUCUUCCAUUGGGAAUGCCAUUAAUCUCGAGACGUUGAAUGUCCAGAUAUGCGACCGUCUGGUUGAACUCCCAUCCUCUAUUUGGCGCCUCAAGAAGUUAAAGAAGCUGUUAUUUGCAGGAUGCUCAAAGCUCCGUUUGGGGCCACAGUUGAGAAGCUUUCGUGAUAUUUCCGGUAUCAUUACAGAAUUAAGUAUAGAUGAUACAGAGAUAGAAGAGUUUCCUUCAUCAAUCAUGGCUUUUCCGUGUCUUCGUAAACUCUUAAUAAAUGCCAAAAGCCUCAAGGUGUUUCCAGAUGUUCCUGACACCAUCGAAAGGAUAAAAUUGAACAUCGCGAGAAUAGAAGCAAUUCCUCGAUCCAUUCACAAUCUCUCACGUCUCACUUAUCUGAGGAUGCAUCGCUGCAAGAAGCUAAAGGUCCUUCCAACCAACGUCAACCUGAAAUCUCUCUCUCGACUUGAUCUCAGUUCCUGUACACAAUUGAGAACGUUUCCAGAGAUAUCUACAAGCAUUAGAGAUCUUGAUCUGAGCAAUACUGCUAUAGAAGAAGUCCCUUCGUCCAUAUGGUCUUGGUCCCAUCUUCUUGAAUUGAAGUUGGAAGACUGCCACAGACUUCGGGUGAUCCAUAGUUUUCCUAACAACACCGAAGAGUUGGACUUGAGAAAUACGGGAACAGAUUUCUCGGGUGGUGAUUCGGAGACUGUUCUGCCAUUACGUAUAAACCUCAACGGGUGCAAGAUUCUCGAGUCAUUGCCCUACAUUCCGUAUGUUGUAUCACGCCUUGAUGCAUCUAACUGUAUGUCGCUGGAGAGGAUAGAUGGUUUCUCUACCAAUCCAGAGAGAUGUCUCAGCUUUGCUAAUUGUUCCAAGCUGAGCGAAGCAGCAAGAGAACUCAUCAAGUUAUCGGAUUACAAGUUUGCGCUCAUACCUGGUGGAGAACUGCCUGCGGACUUUGAUCAUCGAGCACGAGAAGGUUUACUAACUGUCAAUUUGUAUCAAAGCCCUCUUCCUUUAUUCUUCAGAUUUAAAGCUUGUCUUUUGCUGCAUCAUGGAGAGGAUGACGAUGAAAGUGAGGAUUAUGAGGACGUGGAUGCCAGUGAGGAUUAUGAGGACGAGGAUGCCAGUGAGGAUUCUGAGGACGAGGAUGCCAGUGAGGAUUAUGAGGACGAGGAUGCCAGUGAGGAUUGUGGGUACGAGGAUGCCAGUGAGGAUUGUGGGUACGAUGAAUGGAUGAGUUCCAAGAGUAUUUGCUGUGACAUCUGGUACGUUCAGAAUGGAGUCGAUGUCGAACAUGGAUCAUGCGAGUACCCUUUACCAAUAAUACUUGGAUCUACAGAGCAUCUGUGUUUCUUGGAAUCUUCCAUAUCACUAAACCUUCCUGAAACAGAUAUGAAUUUCAGCGAGCUUCGUUUUGAGUUCAAGAUCUAUGGUAAGGAUGUAAAAGACUUUGUUGUACAACUCUCGGAAGACCCUGAUGUUGAUGGUGAGCAUGGAUGCUGUGAAGAUACUCACAAUGAAGCUGAGUACAAAGCAACUGCAGACAUCAAGAUAGGAAAAUUUACAUGCAGGAACAAUCCGACGAAGAAACAAUUUAAAGUGUUUCUGUAAGUCAAUGGUCGAAGAGCACAGAGAGCAUAACAGAGUUGGGUGCAUGCGUCCUUGUCGAAUGUGUGAUCUAUCAGUUUGUUUGUAUAGAGUUCCUAGCCACCGAUCUAUUAUUGAUCAUGAUGGUCUUCCCAGACAACGCUCAUCAAAUCAGUCGCAUCUCCUCUUUAAGUUCCUGUCUCUCGCUUGAAGAAAAACCAAAAUAACAUCUUCGGAGAUUGUUCAGUCAUAUGACUUUUGCAACUUCAAUUAUGAGGCAUUGUUCUCUUUGCCGUGAAACCGCAUUUCUGUGAAGUUAGAUUUUGAUGGAGACUUCUGAUUUGAUUAUUUGCUUCCAUGUAAUUUUCUUGUCUUUUUCCUUUCUGCUUCCUUCUUGUAAUUGACUAACGACAAUAUGGAUUUCUGGUUAUUACUUCUUAAUUUUUUUUUGUUUU